UUCGUCUCCGUCUCUGUUUUUUUUUUUGUUCGUUUCUUUCUUUUUUCCUCCCAAAAUUUCUUCUCGUCUGCAAUUGUGAACACCAAAAAGAUUUCCAUGGCGCAUCAUGGUUUUAAUGAUUAGAGAUCCGUAAAUCCGAAGCGAACAACGAUCUCGAGCGUCUCUAAUCAUUGUGUUCUCCACGGGGAAGCCCAUACUUUAUUUUCUCUCAAUCUCUCUCUCUCUCUCGUAUAUUUUGUGUAUUUCGAGAUUCUUCGUCUCUCUCUGUCUCUUUUUUUUUUCCUUCAGAAAAUUGCUAUUUUUAUGGGUUGAUUUAGGAAAAGGUGCUUUUGUGUGUUCGUUAAUCAUUUUUUGAAUUUUUGGCUGGUGGGUGCCUGAAAAUUCAAUGCCUUUGUGUUCUCUUUCUCUCUGAGCUCCAAUCUCUCUCUCUCUCUCUCUGCGGCAGCCAUGGUCGAUGAGCACUCUAUCCUCCCGAAGGACAGUUUCGUUUUCAAGCUUCCCAAAAAGUCCCCACUUGUGUUAAGAAUGGUUGUCCUGAUGUUUGUAAUGGUCUGUGCUGUCUACAUUUGCUCGAUUUGUCUGAAGCAAAUAGGGGUAGGGCCAAAGGCUGGAUUUUUGAAUGUUGAAGUGUUUCAGAGGCCGUGUCCCGAGCCUAAUAUCAAACCAUGGGAUAUACCCUAUGUGCAUUAUCCUAAACCGAAAACCUAUAGCAGGGAUAAGUGUUCGUGCCAUCCUGUGAGGUAUUUCGCCAUUCUCUCCAUGCAGAGAUCCGGAAGCGGUUGGUUUGAGACACUACUUAACAAUCAUACUAACAUAAGCUCCAAUGGGGAGAUCUUCUCUGUCAAGGAGAGGAGGGCCAAUGCUUCGACGAUUUUCGAGACAUUGGACAAAGUCUAUAAUCUCGACUGGUUGAGUAGUGCCUCUAAGAACGAGUGCACUGCUGCUGUUGGCUUGAAGUGGAUGCUUAAUCAGGGUCUAAUGAAGCACCAUGAAGAGAUAGUAGAUUACUUCAAAACCCGUGGCGUCUCGGCAGUUUUCCUCUUCAGGAGAAAUCUCUUGCGCAGGAUGAUCUCGGUUCUUGCAAACUCGUAUGACAGAGAUGCUAAGCUAUUAAAUGGCACCCACAAAUCUCACGUUCAUUCACCAAAAGAGGCUGAGAUAUUGGCAAGGUACAAGCCGAGAAUCAACACGACCCUUUUGAUACCUGAUCUCAAACAGGUCCAAGAGAUGACUUCAAAAGCUCUGUCUUACUUUAAUACCACACGCCACAUUGUUGUGUUCUACGAGGAUGUUGUCAAGAACAGCACGAAACUAGACGACGUGCAGGAGUUUCUAAAGGUACCGAAACACGAGUUAAAGAGUCGGCAGGUGAAGAUUCAUCAUGGGCACCUUUCGAAACAUGUUGAAAACUGGGAAGAGGUCCAAAAGACCCUGAAAGGAACCGAGUACGAGAACUUCCUGCACGAAGAUUACCGCAAGUAAUCAAUCAUUCCCACGAAACGGUGGACGUAACUUGCGCCUCAAGUAACUCUCUUUCCNNCUCUCUCUGCCGUACUCUAAUUCAUUUCUUGUCGCUGGGGCCUCGCUCGGCGGGUUAACACCAACUCAAAGUUUUGGUCCUGCCACACAACAAUUUUGCAAAUCCUCUGCUACUUUCCGGGUUUCUUUUUCCAAUUUCUGAUUAGUUGAUAGAUAAUAUUCCAUUCAUUCAUUUGUAUUCAAGAAGAAUCUUCUACUCCAUUAAAACAUCUUCAUCCCGAUGAAUGGUGUUCCGUUCUUCCCCGGUUUUCUGGGAGUUGCGGUGUCAAAAUUCGGAAAACCUUUGCCGCUUGCUGUAGUUAUUUCGUUACAUUUUCAAUGUCUCAGGCAAUGAAUGAUAUCAUUUCUUGCCAGUUUC